CGGACAGCUGGGAAACUUCACGGAUGUGUGCUGACAUUAUAUUAUUACACUGCGACAUCUACUGGACACUAUGGGUUAUGCGUAUUAUUAAAACUGCAGUAACGCACAUGAGGAAGAUUAACAGAAACCGGAAAAUCUUUGUGUUCACAAGAAAAACUCAGGGAAAAACCCGCUUUGGUUUAGGUGCGGACAGUUCAGCCCUUUAAGCCUGUGAUAACAGACCCUCAACGCCCGCCAUCAUCACCGACUAACUUCAUCUUAUCCUCACGACCCCCACAAAUUCAUCAUUUUACAGGCGGAUUAGAUCACAGUGUUGGUGUAGAAACACUGUCGCGAGCCAUUUUGUGUUUGGGAUUUCCCGUUCAGACAAAAAGAGGAAGUGCAGCUCUCCUCUCUGUAGAGUGCGAAGUUUCUGAAUCGAAAGUGAAACAGAACAGAGAAGAUGGCGGAGGCAGCUCGACAGCUCUCACUGUUUUUGCUUCUUUUCGUUGUGGGUGAUAUAUUUUGUGUUGAGGUUGUUCCUGUUCGGACUGGGGGAAACUACACUUUCAAGUCUUCUGUAUCAGGAACACCUCAGACCAUUCUGUGGAAAUUCAACAAGAACAAAGCGGUUGAGCAUGAAAAUAAUGAGUUGACUUGGUAUAGAUUUGAAGGUCGAGCAGAUCUUGAUAUUAAAACUGGAGACUUCACACUCAAGCAGCUGAGAAAAGAGGACAGUGGUCAUUAUGAGUCUGAAAUCCAGGUGGCUGGAAAACUACAGUAUUCCAACCAUGAGAUUAAAGUGAUUGAUGCACUUCCACAGCCAGAAGUGACAUGUGAAGUAAACAGUACAGGAAAAUCACUCCUGUGUUCAGUGGGCUCUGUUAAGGCAGAAUUUACCUGGAAUGUGCCAAAUGACAACAGUAAAACUGGAGAGAGAAUCAGCAUUGGCAGUGAGCAAAGCCUUAAAUCAGUCUACAUCUGCAUUGCCAAAAAUGAAGUGGAUGAGAAGAGCACAGAGUUUUCUCUUCAGGAAUGUAACACAGGUGGACCUGGUGAAUCGCUGGUUGCCAUAAUUAUAGCAGUUAUCUUAUCUGUAGUCAUUGUUUGUGUGGUUGUUGGAUUAUACUUUGGAAAAAAACGAGGGAUAUGUGGGAGAGGGAGCAAAGGAAAUGAUUUAGAAAAACAGCACAAUGAAACACAUCAAGAAGGGAUACCUUUAACAAGCAAUUCCACUGAAGUUUUGGGCAGUCAAGAAAAAAUUGACACUGUGCAUCAAAAACAAGACUUGGCUGGAGACUUGGCUGAAGGACCAUCAGAGGAGCUGUCAGAUACAAAAGAGGCGAAAGAAAAGAAUCAGCAGGACCAUGAUAUGGAUGGAAAAGCGCAUACAAGUUCUCCAUUUAAUGGUGAGGUGCCUACACUUGCUGCACCCACUUAUCAGGAAAAUACACAGUCUGAAGACAAGGACGGUCCAUCAAGCAGCAUGGCUGAUGAGACUGAGGAUGCAGAAAAAACAAGUGAUGGAGGUUCUCCAUUUAAUGGUGAGGUGCCUACACUUGCUGCACCCACUUAUCAGGAGAAUACACAGUCUGAAGACAAGGACGGUCCAUCAAGCAGCAUGGCUGAUGAGACUGAGGAUGCAGAAAAAACAAGUGAUGGAGGAGCUUCAUAUCACAGUGAGGAGGGUCAAGAAAACGCUGGACAAAACCAGAGUCCAUCUGCUGUACCCAAUAGUGCAGAGGGGAGACAGACUCAAGACAAGGACGCUCAAUCAAGCAGCAUGCCUGAUAAAGGCGAGAAUGUGGAAGAAGGAAAUGAUGGAGGUGAUGCCGAAAAUCAAGCAACAUCACUUCUACUUUUGAUUGCAAAUAGUGUAACAAAUGAAACUACUCCAGGAAGAGUUCAAAAGGAAAUAGAGAAGAUUGAGAAUCAGGCAUGGAAGCCAAAAGAGAUUUAUUCAAGGAGUGCUAACCAGAAAGGAAAUGGUGACAUAAAAUUGAUAAAAUAGCUGUUUAUAGGGCCAGCAGGCAAGUGUCAAAUGGUUGGGUUCAUGACUCCUAUCUCUUAGUCAUGAUCUGGGCUAGUAACAUUAUAACACAUCUGCUACCCACUGCACAGCAAAAACAUGGCAUUGCUGACCAUAUAUAAACAAAAUGGUAAAUACCACCUUGUCUGGCACGCUAGCAUUCCUUAUGUGAACGCUUUGUUGUUAGUCAGCUAAUCACAAUGUUUUUUCAUGAUCCCUAACAAGCAUUUUUAGUUCAUUUUAAAAAAACUCUUUACACAUCUCUCUGCAGAAACACAAAGCUAGGCCUACAGCAGCCAAAACACUACAAAAACAGUUAAAAAAAUAAACCCAUUCCAUCAAAACAGUACCAAUCUUGCAAAACCAUUUUUGCCAGGCAGAGCACAGUUACCUAAAAAUAACUCAUAAAUGUCAGUAUGAAGGUAGAUCCAUAAUUUUAUGUAAAUCUACGAUGUAGUAAAGACUUUUUUUGCCCUUUAGUUUGUUUUGUAACUGGGUUAUUAUUUUUUGGUUGAUCAUGUAAAUAAUUCAUGCAUACAUAAAGGAACUAUAUAGGAAAAAAGUGAUACCAAAGAAAAUCCAGUACUUUACAUCUUGUAUGAUCUGGCAAAGAAAAAAAUCUCACAAGUACCAUAAAUGCUUAGUUUGUCUGGUCUGCUCAAUAGAGAUGGGAUGAAUUUGACUAUCACAUUGAUGUUGUCCGUACAGCUGGAGGUCAUACUGAGCACUUGUAAAAUUACAUAACAGACUUUAUGCUCAUUUAACCAUUUACAAUUCACUGCAUCGUUCGGCAAUGAAUUACAAGUGAAAUAAAUCAUGUUGAAAUCAGAUAAAACCUUUUUCAAUCACCCUAUGUAAUGCAUAAAGUGUUCUUAAUGUAUGCAAGUACUCUACUUUGCUUGAAGCUGACUGAGAGAAGUAAAUGUAAGAAUUUUGGGAAUUGUGUUCACUGAAUGCAUUUUAUAUUCAAGGAAAAGAAUAUUCAUGAUUUGGUCCACAUGGAAUGUUGCUGUGCUAACUGUGAAAGGAGUUUUAGAAAAGAGAACUCGGUAUGGAAAUGCUUGUCAGCAGUUGUGGAAAAAACCUUAAAAGUAGCUUAACUGCUUGGCUUAGUGCUGCUGCACUUCACUCACACAACCCCAGCAUGAUAUUAUAGUGGCAAACCCAAAGAUACUUGGCAUCCCAGCCAAACACCAAACAGGGGUUUAACUUACCCCUCAUACAGCAGCAGUGGAGAUGUCACUACAGUAUCGUUGGUGGAGAGAUUAUUUUAUUGCAUUUUUUGCCAUCCCUUGCUCAUUCUAGCCCUAUUGAUUUAUGUAUGUCUAUUGACUACUUGACUAGUUGGGCAGGCCUUUUGUUUGAUUAGCUAAGGUCACAGACAUACAAGGUGGUUGUCAGUGGGCAGCAUUCAUUGUGUUGUAGAUUUUUUUGUGAUUUUCGAAUCGAAAUGUUCAUUUAAAUUGUUAAAUUAAAAAAAAGUUUUCAUUUCUGGAGUUUCUUCUGAUUUCUUUGGUGUGUUUAGAUUUACCAUACUUUCAACUUCUCUUUUACUCUAUUUAAGUAUUAUCUUAUGUUUGUCUUAUAUGAAUACUCUGGGUUAGGCUGCGGGGCAAAAAGUGUAGCGCAGAGGCCCUUGACCAAAAUAAUCAGUGAGGAUUGUGUAUGUAGAAGAUAUGGGACCAUAUUUUUUUAAAUAAAAACUAAGUGUAAAUUAGUGAGAAUUUAUGUUUGAAAGCCCAUGUUUAAAAACCGUGGCAAGUUGGUAGUCUUUUUUUAUGUAUGAAAACUGACACAGACUGUUACAAUUACCACAGUGGUAGAAGAGAUUAUAUAUUUUUUUCAGUUUAAAUGACAAUCUAUUGCAUGUCAACACCAUCAUCUGCCUAUAUUGGAAUUUCUGACUUAACCUGUUUAAUGUUCCACAAUUUGUCUUGUCACCAUGUAAAUGCUGCAAAAUAAACUUGAUGGCAGGAACGUG